CGAAGCCGACGGGCGUGUGCUCGAGGUCCUGGGGAGUUGGGACCGGGGGAGAGCGAGCGGACUUUGGGCGGUAAUCCGUCUCUCCGGAUCCCUACAAGGACUCAGAAGAGGGCCCCCUGUGGGAGACGACCACCCCACGUUUCGGAGCUCCCGCCUUUGAGACGGAGACCCCGCCCCGGGCUCACCAUCUGGAGAGCAAGAGGAAGGAAGAAGUAUACCGACCCAGGCGUUCACCCCACCUCCACCCCCGCCCCCGACAUCCCGGAGGGAUAAAGGAGCCGAGGCCCAGACAGGAGAGAGACCCCGCCCCCUGGAGAAGACAAGCCGCAGCCCCUGCAGGACAGGGGUCUGCGUCGCUAUGGGUUCCACUGCUGCCCCAGAGCGAGCGCUGGGCUACGUCCGGGAGUUCACGCGCCACUCCUCCGACGUGCUGGGCAAUCUCAAUGAGCUGCGCCUGCGCGGGAUCCUCACUGACGUCACGCUGCUGGUUGGCGGGCAACCCCUGAGAGCUCACAAGGCGGUUCUUAUCGCCUGCAGUGGCUUCUUCUAUUCAGUCUUCCGGGGACGUGCAGGAGUUGGGGUGGAUGUGCUCUCUCUGCCUGGGGGCCCCGAAGCCAAAGGCUUCGCUCCUCUCCUCGACUUCAUGUACACGUCAAGGCUUCGCCUCUCGCCAGCCACCGCACCAGCUGUCCUGGCAGCUGCCACCUACUUGCAGAUGGAACACGUAGUUCAGGCAUGCCACCGCUUCAUCCAGGCCAGCUACGAACCUCUAGGCAUCUCCCUUCGAUCCUUGGAAGCGGAACCGCCAGCCCCUCCACCAGCCCCUCCACCAGGAAGUCCCAGGCGCUCGGAAGGACACCCAGACCCACCUACUGAAUCUCGAAGCUGCAGUCAAGGACCCCCAAGUCCAGCCAGCCCAGGCCCCAAGGCCUGCAACUGGAAGAAGUACAAGUUUAUUGUGUUAAAUUCUCAGGCCUCCCAAGGAGGGAGCCUAGUGGGGGAGAGUUCUGGACAGCCUUGCCCCCAGACCACGCUCCCCAGUGGAGAUGAAGCUUCCAGCAGCAGCAGCAGCCUCAGCAGCAGCAGCGAAGACGGACCCAUGUCUGGUCCCCAGAGCAGACUCUCUCCUACCACUACCACUGGACAAUUUAAAUGUGGAGCUCCAGCCAGUACCUCCUACCUCCUCACACCCUGGGCUCAAGAGAGCUCUGGAUCAUCUUCUGAGCGGGUUUGUCCACCACCAGGAAGUGAGUUUUUCAGUUGCCAGGACUGUGAGGCGGUAGCUGGGUGCUCAUCGGGGCUGGACCCCUUGGUUCCCAGGGACGAGGACAAGCCCUACAAGUGCCAACUCUGCAGGUCUGCGUUCCGCUACAAGGGCAACCUGGCCAGUCACCGCACGGUGCACACAGGGGAGAAGCCCUACCACUGCUCCGUCUGCGGGGCGCGCUUCAACCGACCAGCCAACCUGAAAACGCACAGCCGCAUCCACUCCGGGGAGAAGCCUUACAAAUGCGAGACGUGCGGCUCGCGUUUUGUUCAGGUCGCGCAUUUGCGCGCGCACGUGCUCAUUCACACCGGAGAGAAGCCCUAUCCGUGCCCCACCUGCGGAACCCGCUUCCGCCACCUCCAGACCCUCAAGAGCCACGUUCGCAUCCACACCGGAGAGAAGCCUUACCACUGCGACCCCUGCGGUUUGCAUUUCCGGCACAAGAGUCAACUGCGGCUGCAUCUGCGCCAGAAACACGGAGCUGCCACCAACACCAAAGUGCACUACCACAUCGUGGGGAGACCGUAGCUGAGCUCCUACCGAGCCCCGCGGCUGCGUGGGCUGGGGAAGCUGCAGGCCUGGACUGGCUUCUCCGUCAGUCUUCGUGUAGGGAUAUGCAAGGCCACUCUGACAUCAGAAACUGCUGCCACCUUUUAAUUUUUUAU